UAAGGAAUUUGGAGUUUUCCAUGGCCUAAAGGGUUCUACUACCUAAAUGGUAAAAUAAUGUUCUGCAUUACAGACCACCACUUCUGAGGCUUUUCAAGGAUGGCUAUGCCUUAGAAAUACCCAGCUCUGGCGCUAACUCCUUAGUUUCAGGCCCCUCUCCCUGUGAAAGGUCAACUUUAAACGUUGGCAGGUGGCCUGCUCCCCAUUAACAGAGACCUUCAAGGGUCGGGACUGGAUCACCACAGCCUAGGGACACUGCCCUGAGGGCGCUUGCUCAGUCUCUGGUUGAAUUAAAUGAAUUAAAAGAUUCAAGGCAACCCCAACACAGGGGAAAGCAGCCCUGUUCUUUUAGACUAGAGGGACCCACAAGUGGAGUGAUCUGGUGCCAGGAAGCUCGAGGAAUCCCUGCUUCAGUCCCUUAGACUCCUUCGUCUCCCUACUUUUCCUUCCCUUUCCUUCCUCACCCACAACAGAGCCUUGUGUCUACUUGGCAUAUAAUCUGCACUUGUGCUGUUCCCCCAUUGAAAGUGAGCACCCUGAAGGCAGGGACUGCUUUGUGUUUGCAUCCCCAGUACACAGGAAAGGGCCUACAAUAUGGCAGCUGUCUAACAAAUGCUUGGUGACCAACCGACUGACUCAUGCCAGACCACUACAGCUCUGUCCCCCAGGCCCGGGGAUCUCUGAAGAGGGCUCCCUGCUCAACACAUCCCACAUUCCUCUCCCCUCUCCUCUCUUCUUGACCCCACCGCCCCUGCCAUGAGCAGCUGAGCUGGUGGCCUCAGGUACCCGACUCCCCUGGGCAGCUUCUCCUCAGCACCUCGCCCCCGGCAUCCACAGGGCUUCCCCUCGCUCCAGCUGCAAGAUCACAUCUGGCUUGGAAAUAGCCAGGCCUGCUCAGUCCAAACAGAAAAGAGCUGGGCUUAGAGAGCCAGCUCAGAACCCAGCAGUGAUCCUGGGAGGAAGCCCCCCAGGGCAAUGCAAAGACCACAGAAGAGCAUUCUUUCUGGAUUGUUUUCCUAUGAAAUAAGUGGGGGAUGGAUCACAGGGGAGAUCUGGGAUCAGAAGGUGAGCCUGUCCAACUGACCCUCUCCCCGCUCAGACGAGGGAGACAUUUGAUGCCUAAGCGGGGACCCAGAACCUCAGGUACAGUACAAUCCAGCAACCUGUCUUGGGCUACACAAGGCAAGGACUGUUUGCCUGACAGCAGGGAGCAAAGGGCCCCGUCUCUGGGUCCCAGAAGGACUCGGGAUCUCUGUUCUGUGCCGCUCAAAUAGCAACUGCUAACUUAGAGCAGAGCCAACUGCACUUCCUCAGGGAGGGGGAAAGACCCUUCAUGGAGCCAGUGCUUACCCACAGGAGAGGCCGUCCCUACCCAGAAAUUCCAGGUGCCUGCAGAUCUCCAGCAUCACCUCCCAGUACAGCUCCUUCUGGGCAGGGCCCAGCUGCCCCACCUCCUCCCAGGACAAGUCCACAGCCACAUCCUUGAAUGUCACUGACCCCUGAAACACUGAGUAUAUUUGUGCUUGCCCAAGAGUCAUCCUUCACACUGGCAUGGCAAGAGCAGCAAGGCUCCAAAAAGUACCAAGCAUUAAUAGCCCUCAGGGGCCAGACUUCCGAGUUUUCAUCAGAUUCUGAAUCAUGAAAUAAAAUAAAUACAAUAUCUCAUCUGUGACAGCUAUUGGAGUUUACAAACCACUUGGUAGCAUCACUCCAGUCUAACAACACAAGUGUAGAAUACCCCCAUUUUGCAGAUCAGAAAACUGAGGCUAGGAAAAGCUAAGUCACUUGUUCAGGCACAUUGCUAGUAUGCAACACAGGUCUACACCAAACUCAGGUCUUUUAGCUCCCAAUCCUGUGCUUUUCCCACUAUCCUCUGCUUCCUCUUAUAAGUCAUAACCCCAGUGCAUCACAUUUACCAUAAAACCCCUCUAAUCGUACAUCUGAUAAGAUCCACAUAGAACUUAAAAGUAGAAGAGAACAACAGACAUCAACUAUCACACUCUGAAUGAUUCCAAUGACAGGAAAUACAGGCACGCCUUGGAGAUAUUGUGGGUUUGGGUCCAGACCACCGCAAUAAAGUAAAUAUUGCAAUAAAGUGAGUCACACAGUGCAUAUAAAAGUUAUGUCUACAGCAUACUAUAGUCAGUUAAACCAAUGUACAUCCCUUAAUUUAAAAUUCUUUCCACCUUGCUCAGUUUGACUGGGAGUCAAUAAAUGCAAAAUUAGCAUCGGCAGAUGGGUAUGUGGCAGGUGGCAGGUGGCAGGUGGCUAGCAACUCCAAGGAACCGAGGGGGACACACCCACCUAUGGCGUUUCCCACAACUCUGGAGCAACGAUAACAUUUACUAGCAAAGGAGGCUGUGCGGUGAAGCUGCUCGGUCAUCAGGAAGCAUUUAUCAAGCAGUCAAGAAGAGGCUAGAGACACUCCCUGUUUUCUGGAGCUCACGACAAACAAAUAGGAAAUAAGGAACAGAGGGAGGUGAAGUCUGAAAGACAGGCCACCAGGAGGUUUUGAGGAGAACGUCUUGGCCUUGGGGGUCUCGGGAGUUGCAAAGACCAGGUUUGUUGCAGGGAGGACGUCUUCUGCGCAGUUAACUCCCGGAAUAUCUCGGUGGGGCAGCAGCUCCCUAAAAGAGUGGGGGUCUCCAAGGUAGACUCCGUUGCUUGAAAUACAGGCUGAGUCUGUCUGCACUGCCCCGGUUACUUUUCCUGGGGAGACAUCUUCCAGCUCUCAGUUGGCUUCCUCCACACUACAAUACCUGCCUCCAAACGGCGCUUAAUAAAUGCUAGUUAGCUGAGGACUGGGGAGGGGUGUCACAGGGCCCAAGAGGGGAGGGCCGGUCAGCUCCCACUGCACAGUCAAGCUUUACUGAUACGUCCAGAACAAGGCUGGGGGGACAGGUGCUGUAAUUACACAGACCCCAUGUGACAGAUGAGGAAACUGAGGCAAGCACCAGGCUAAGGAAGCGCUGCAUUCGAACUCAUGACCUGCUGCCUCUAAACCCAGACUUCGAGCAAGUGGGCCCGCUGGCUGCCAGGAGUAAGGUCAGUAAGGCGGAAAAGGCUCGGGCCAUGCAUGGAGGGAGAAGAAACAGACAUGCAGGAGGCUCGGGAGCUGCACGAUUCAGCUUUCCUUCAGUCUGGGGGCAGCGAGGAUAUGGGUACGUGAACGACCUUUAGUGACCCCUCAAUAUGCUGAUAAGCCCGGACUCAGUACGCAUGCGCAUCAACUUCUCCCGCCCUCCGAACUACGUUUCCCAGAAGGCGCGACGGGGAAGGCGCAGCCUUCGCAUGACGUAACUUCCGCUUUCCAGCCGCUUUCAGUCCCGACAGUCACUUCAGUCCAGCAGGGGGUCCCUGAGCGGGAUCUGCGCGCUGGAGGAGAGGACCCUGCCUGGCCCUAGGGGCAGAAGAGCAGAGAGGAAGCCAUGGCCCCCCAGGAAUCAGUGACAUUCAAGGAUGUGGCUGUGGACUUCACCUGGGAGGAGUGGGGCUACCUGGACACCUCCCAGAAGGAGCUGUACCAGGAGGUGAUGCUGGAGAACUACAGGAACCUGGUCAGCCUGGGCUUUGUGGUUGCCAAGCCAGAUGUGAUCUCUCAGUUGGAGCAAGGGGAGGCACCUUGGAGACCUGAAGGUCGAUUUCCAAGAAGCAGGCAUCCAGAUUCAGACACUAGACCUCAAGUCCAAGAGUCACCUCUAGAGUCUGGCCUUGCUGUGGAAGAAUCAUCCAGAAAAAGACUCUUGAGGGAUGCUCCUUGGGUCGUGAUGUUGGGGGGAGGCUGGGAUUGUUAUCCAAGGUUAAAGGAGGAGGAGAGCAAGGAGGAUCAACAUUUAAGACGAAUAAAAAUCACUAAAAGGAAGUCCCGCAGUGAAGUGAGUGUCCAUGAAUAUAAAAAUGACAAAAGUUCUAUUCUACAGCCACAGAAGCGAUUUUUUGUAGGAAAGAAUCUUCUUCAUAAAUAUAAUAGACAAAGAAAGAGCUUCAAAAAAUAUUCAAAUGUAAAACAAUAUAGAAGUUGUUUAAAGAAAAUAUUUUCUAAUGACGAUAAAUGUCAGAAAUCCUUUAGCUAUAAUCUUGACUGUACUGAAAAACAUAAAGUACAUACUGGAGAGAAAUUUUCCAAUUGUAAUGAAUUUGGGAAGACUUUCCUCCAGGACACUGAACUUACUCCGCACCAGAGAAUUCACAGAGGAGAAAAGAUUUAUGAAUGCACUGAAUGCAGAAAGGCCUUCCAGAAGAAUUCAUAUCUUAGGAAACAUCAGAAAAUUCAUAGUGGAGAGAAACCUUAUAAAUGCAAUGAAUGUGGGAGGGCCUUUCACUGGAGGUCACAGCUUACUGAACAUCAAAGAAUUCAUACUGGUGAGAAACCUUUUGUAUGUAAUGAAUGUGGGAAGGCCUUCCUAAGGGGCUAUGAAAUUAUUCGACACCAGAGAAUACAUAUUGGAGAAAAAUCUCAUGAAUGCAAUGAAUGUGGGAAGGUCUUUCGCCGGACUUCAUGUUUUCAAAAACAUCAGAGACUUCAUACUGGAGAGAAAAUAUAUAAAUGCAAUGAAUGUGGGAAGGCCUUCCACUGUAAUUCACACCUUACUGAGCAUCAAAGAACUCAUUCUAGAGAGAAACCUCAUAUAUGCAGUGAAUGUGGGAAGGCUUUCCUCCGGGCCACCGAACUUACGCAGCACCAGAGAAAACAUGCUGGAAGAAAAUCUUACGAAUGCAGUGAUUGUGGAAAGGCUUUCCAGCAGAAUUCAUACCUUCGAAGACAUCAGAGAAUUCAUACAGGUGAGAAACCUUAUGAAUGUAGUGAAUGUGGAAAGGCCUUUCUCCGGUCCACAGGACUUACUCGACACCAGAGAACACAUACUGGAGGAAAACCUUAUGAAUGCACUGAAUGUGGGAAAGCCUUUCGCCAAAAUUCAUACCUUAUAGUUCAUCAAAGAAUUCACACUGGAGAGAAACCUUAUGAAUGUACUGAAUGUGGGAAGGCCUUUGUCCGAAGCACUAAUCUUAGUCAGCACCAAAGAACACAUACUGGAGAAAAACCUUAUAAGUGCAAUGAAUGUGGUAAGGCCUUCCGCUGUAAAUCACACCUUAUUGACCAUCAGAGAAUCCAUACUAGAGAGAAACCUUAUGUGUGCAAUGAAUGUGGCAGGGCCUUUGUCUGCAGUUCUAAUCUUAGUCAUCACCAGAGAAUUCAUACUGGAGAGAAACCAUAUGAAUGUAAUGAAUGUGGGAAGGCCUUCUGUAAGAGAGCAGAUCUUACUCAGCACCAGAGAACACACACUGGAGAGAAACCUUAUGAGUGCAAUGAAUGUGGAAAGACCUUCAGCCAGAAUUCAUACCUUAGAAGACAUCAGAGAAUUCAUACUGGAGAGAAACUUUCUGAAUAUAAUGAAUGUGGAAAGACUUUUCUCUGGUCUCCUGAACUUAUUCAACACCAGAGAAUACAUGCUGGAGAGAAACUUUAUGAAUACAGUUAAGAUAGGAAGACCUUCAUUUAAAAGACAAUGCUUAUUACAUAUCAUAGAAUUCAUACUUGAUAGAAACUUUAUGUAUGUAAUGAAUAUGGGAAGAUCUUUGUCCAGAGCAUUAAUCUUAGCACCAGAGAAUUCAUACUUGAGGAAAACAUAUGUUGAAAGCUGUCUGUCAGAGGACAGCUUUUAUGCAUUAGUAUGGAAUUCAUGCAAGAGAGACCUUGUGAGUGCUGUUAAUGUGGGAAUGCCUUUGGUCAGAAAACAGAUCCAACUAUAUAGAUCGUAGGGUUCAUACCACAGAAAAAACUUAUAAAAGCAAUGAAUGUGGGAAGGCCUUUUGCUAUAACUCAUCUUAUUCAACAUCAAAAUAUUCAUACAGGACAGAAAACUGCAUAAAUGCAAUGAAUGUGGAAAGAUUGUUUUCUUCAGAAAACCUGUUAAUUGGCACCAGUAAAUUCAUGCAAGGGAGAAAAGUGGUUAAUGAAUGGAUGUUAAAAGGUAUUUUCCAGGAAGACAGAACUUUUUCAACAUUAGAAGAUUCAGGGGGUGGAGCCAAGUGUUUGGAGUAACAGGAAGAAGUACAGAUUAGUGCACCCACUCAGCCUCCACAAUGAUCUAAAAAAUGCACUGGACUAAAUUCUCAUUUUAUAAAAAUGCAAGAAACAGUUAAUUAAUGAGUCAUUUUUUUCCAGUUCAGGGAGGCUUAGGGAAACCGUAUUGGCCAAAUUAAAGCUAAUGUCUCUGUGAAACAUCAGGAAAUAGUAAACUAUGAAAAGACUGAAAAAAUAGGGAAAAAAAUAUGAGGUAUCUUAUAGCAAAAAUAAAUGGCCUGGAAGUCACCUACAAUUAUUGGACUACCUACACACAAUGACUAAAAAACCCUUGAUACCAUGUUUCAGGAAAUCUUAAAACUACCCAGAGCUCUUAGAAUCAGAGGGUAAAAUGGAAAUAGAAUCCACUGGUCCCCUACUAAAAGAAGACCCAAAAUGAAAACUCCUAGGAAUAUUGUAGCUAAAAUCCAGAGCUCCCAGGUUAAAAAAAAAAUGCAAGC